AUGGCUGUUGAAAAUGAAGUAGUCUCAAAAGAUCUUCUUAAAAAUAUAAAAGAAAUAAAUAAAGCUGUUACAGAUAUGCAUAAAGCAUGGAUACAGUAUAGACAAUCUUUUGGAGAAAUUAUUGAAAAAUAUCCUAAAUCAGCAGAAUUUGAAACAUAUGAUCAAACAAAUAAAGCUCAAGUUGGUAUAAUGAUCUCAAAAUUGAUAUCAAUUUUUGGAGGGGAUGUCGAUUCAUAUAACAAACAUAUGAAGGUACUUAUGCCGGCUGCUUUAUCAAUAGCUGUUGAUCAAAUGGAAGAUGUACCCAAAGAAACAAUGAAUAGAAUUAAUAAGAAAGCAUGUGCAAAUAUUAUAGAUAAUGCUCUUUUUGAUAUUGAAGAAUAUAAUAAUAGUCGAAAAGGUGGAGCUUUUGAAGAAGAGGAUUUUGUUCCUAUGGAGGAGGAUAACAAUGGUUCCAUUGAAUAA